AUGCUGCCGCGGCCUGCCUACAGUCGCAGCAGCAAGCAGCGCCGCUGCUGCUUCCUGCUGCUGCUGCUGCUGCUCCAGCUGAGCCGCCCCGCAGCAGAAGCAGCUGCUGCAGCACCUGCUGCAGCGCCGCCGCGACCCGCGGCCGCGGCAGCGCCAGCAGCUGCUGCAGCAGCAGCAAGAGCAGCAGCACCACCGGCACAAGAGACAGCGAGAGCUGCAGCAGCAGCAGCAGCGGAGAGGCCAUCACAAGCAGCAGCACCCGUGGCAGCAGCACCGUCACCUGCAGCAGCACGAGUUAAAACAGCUCAAGCAGCAACAGCAGCAAGAGCAGCAGUUCCUCCUGCUUCAGCGGCGGCAGCUGCGCGCCCUGCAGAAGUGAGAGGUGUGGCAGCAGCAGCAGCUCCAGCACCUGCUGCACCAUCAGCAGCAAAGAUAACACCAGCAGCGACAGCAGCAGCAGCAAGGAGACCAGGAGCAGCAGCAGUAACGGGUGAACCAUCACCAGCAGCACGGCCAGAAGCAGCAGCUGUAAAAAUUGCAUCCAAGGCUGCAGCAGCUACAGAAGCAGCAGGAAGGACAGCAGCAGGACCAGCAACAAAUGUCGCGUCAGCAGCAGCAGCACCUGCAGCAGCAGCAAGGGCACCAGCAGCAGCAGCGCACGCUGCAGGAGCAACGGCAGCAAGGACACCAAAAACAGCAGCGCCUGCAGCAGCAGCAGCACCAGCACCAAAAAUAGCAGCGCCUGCAGCUGCAGCAGCAGCACCAAAAACAGCAGCGCCUGCAGCAGCAGCAGCAGCAAAAGCACCAGCACCUGUAGGGACUACAGCAGCAUCAGCACGUCCAACAGCAGCAAACACUCCUGCAAGAACAACGACAGCAGCAGCAGCAAGCACUCCUGCAAGAGUAGCAGCAACAACAGCAGCAGCAGCAGCAGCACGGCGUGCACAAGCAGGAGCAGGAGCAGGAGCAGCUGAUGCUGCAGCUGCUCGGCAGCGACAGCAGCAGCAGCAGCGGCAACAGCGAAACAGCCAGCUGCUAAGGUGCCAGCAACAGCAGCACCAGCUGCAGCAGGACGAGCAGCAGCAACAGCUGCGGGCGUGCCGUCCCAAGCACCAGCAAGGUUAG